AUGCAACUUCUAACUGACAGUAAUAUAAGGUAUUCAUCGUAUUUCUUCACCUUCACGGAAGCAUUUGGCCAUGGGUUCAUCGGAAUCUACACUUUCAAGGCAACUUCCAUAUUGACAUCUGAACCCUCAAAGAGUAGCUUGACAGAUAUUUUGGUCAAUCGACCCUCAACUUCCUCAAAUACAGUUAUUAUGGAUCCUAAAGUGCUAAUGGAAUUAUACACAACAUAUCAAGAAUGGCAAGAACAACAGGCUCACACCUUUCACAAAAGUCAGGAAGAGGUGGAAAACAAAAUAGAAAUUGAAAAUGCUUUGGCAAUAAAACUUCUUCAAACAUAUAAUUUCUAUCAAUGA